AAAAAACACAACCUCGUCUCACUUCUUCACUUCCACUUCAGUCCCUUCCUCCUCCUUCGCUCCCACCACAACAAUGGAGCGUCUCGCAAACUUAAACGGCCUCUCGAAGACCCUGCCUUCGCCGCCGGUCCCGACCCUCCCAAACCGUCAAGCCGCUCGGAAGAGAUCGGCGGUGAACGAACAUCUGGGCCUUACUUCGGGCAACCUUCGAGAACAACAUUUGACACUGCAAGCUUCUCGUAGAACAGCUCUCGGCCUCGCUUCAGUGGCCCUUAUCGGGAGCUUCGGCAAUGGAUUCGCUCUCGCCGAGGACAAUGGCUAUUGGCUCACCAGCCCCAUCCCCGUGCCUCCCGUCUACAAUAAGAUUACAAAUGAGAAGACAGGGACAAGGUCUUUCGUGAAGAAAGGAAUUUACAUUGCGGACAUAAAAGUGAAAGGAAGCAUGUACAGGCUAAGGAAGUAUGCGUUUGAUUUGCUAGCUUUGGGAGAUUUGAUUGGGAAAGAUGCGUGGAAUUAUGUCAGGAAGUAUUUGAGGCUCAAGGGGACUUUCAUGUACUAUGACUUUGAUAAAGUGAUCUCUGCUGCUUCUGCUUCUGAGAAGCAGCCCCUCACUGAUUUGGCCAACAGAUUGUUUGACAAAUUUGAGAUGCUUGAAGAUGCUGUGAAGAAGGAGGACUUGCCGGAGACGCAAUCUUGUUACCAAGACACCAGUAUCAUUCUUCAGGAGGUUAUGGAUAGAAUGGCCUAAAUAUGAGGCAAUUGUGGAUCUGAUAGAGAUUUGGUCAUUACUUCAAGGGGGAAAACUAGCCCUAAUUGGGUGGAGAAAUAUCAUUUUUAUUCCAUUGUUCAUUUUCACUGUAUAUUGUUUUGCGAAGCCACAUCAUUUCGUCAAUGGAGGCGAUUAAAACUUGCCUUAAAUUGACAUAUAUGAGUUAUGGCUGUAUAACUAGUACCACGUGUUCAUAGAGCUGCUUUUCUUGCUCUAAAUGUUAGCUGCAGCGUAGAUGAAUUAGGAUCGGCCUAUGGUUGCGAUGCAUCCAUUAAAUUGUUUCAGUAUAUUGUACCCUUUGUUGCAAACGGCAACAAAAAUCACCCCAUAUAUCACUACAUGGCAAACUCUCUACAGAUUCCAGCAGAAGAAAAAAGAAGUCUCGGGUAAAUUGGAACAGGGAAAAGAAAUAAUGGAGCCGAAAUUCACCUCAUCGGUACACAAAAGCAUUGGGGAAAGGAAAAGAACUGUUUACAAUGUGGAGAUGCGGGCUAUCGAUCCUCUGGCAUGCUAAGCGAGCUCUCUACCAUCUGCCGACAUCCCCGUUUCAUAAUAUUGACAUAAAAAUUUAGUAUAUAUAUGUGCUAACAAGCGCACAUGUAGAAUUAUUUGUACCCGUAAGUCCAUUUUGGUUUAGGUGCUUUACCUUUGUCACUCAGACACAGUUUAGCACAACAAAACCCUGUCUGAUUGUACAUGGCAAAGCUACAGUUCUGAGGGUAUGUGUGUUGGUUCGAGCCUAUCUAAAUGCUCUUGUAUCUUUCUGAGUUCUGAAUGAACCUAGUAUUGCUCGUUUGGUUGCUUA